UCAUUUCAAAAUUUGAUCACAACGUCAUAACAUAUAACAGAACAGACAUAUGAUAAAGUGAAUUAUGUGAAUUAUAUUCGCAGAGGGAAUAUCGCGAAUGCAGUCUCAUGUGCUUCACGGAGACAUGGCUGAACGAUCUCUCGGCCAACUCACACCUCUGGACGGUUUUCAAGUGCUGCGGGCUGACAGGAGUGCUACGGAGAGCGGUAAGAGGAGAUGGUGCCAUCCCGGACAUGUCAGCUUUAAGGAGCGUCGCUGCUCCAGUGACUUGGAGCUGUUGGUGGUUUCAAACCCAGCAUCCCCAAUCUCUCCUCCUCAUCUCCAGGGACUUCAAUCAUGCUUCCCUGGCCUCUUCCCUCCCCGCCUUUACGAAAUAUGUUGACUGCCCCACCAGAAAUGUCAAGGAUGCAUGCACCUCUUCCCCCCUCCCCCCACUUGGUAGCUUGGAUCACAACCUUGUCCAUCUGGUCGCAGACUACUGUGUGGAGACCACUGUGCCCUCCAAGUUGGUCCGGUGUUUUCCCAAUAACAAACCCUGGGUGUCCUCUGAGAUAAAGGGUCUGCUUAAUGGGAAGAAGAGAGCCUUUGGUUCGGGGGAUGUGGUGGAGCUGCGUAGAAUCCAGAAGGAGGUCCGGCUGAAGAUCAGGCAGGGGAAGGAGAACUACGGGAGGAGGCUGGAGAAGCAGAUGGGGCUUAACAACGCCAGGAACAUCUGGAGGGGUCUGCAGUCCAUCUCGGGCCAUGGGAAAGGGGCGGAUCGGAAACCAGCUAAUGGCGACAAGGACUGGGCGGAUGAACUCAAUCUGUUCUUUAACAGAUUUUAUUCCGCCUCCCCCCCGCCCCUAAACCUCGCUCCGCACCUCAUUCUGCCACCUUCGACACUCCAUACUUUGUUGACGUUCUUUUGGCUGAACGUCUUCUCACACACGUAGGUCGAGCCAAAUUGUCCACUCUUUUUUAACAUUCGGCACUCAGUGUCCACCUUUCUUUUCUUCGGGCCACUCAUUUUAAUGGAAGGAUUCCAGGGGAAGGUUUGUGGGUGGCAUUAGCGUAAAACUGUAUUUGAAAACUCAGCGCGCAAAUUACGAGAAUAUUGACGUCACAGUCGACACUCGAAAUUCGGCACUGAUAGAUGAAAUUACUACAUACUACUGAGUACGCACAUGCACUUGUGAGUGUGCACCGAGCUUUCUGACACGCUUCCCGGGAGUAAAUGCGCGGGCGGGCGCUUCCCCAUCUACUGGGGAAACAUUGCAGGGAAAAUGACCCCAAAAAAAUUAAUAAUACA